GAUUACCCAGACGUGCGAACGAUUCAUUCGUUUCCUUUAAAGUAUGUGAAAUGCCUCCUGUAGGGCAGAACUGGAGCAGUCCCAAUAGCGACCAUCUGCCCCACUUGGUUAACUGUACCGAGGCAGUGGUGCAUUCUCGACUGUAGAUUGAAACACAAGUGGAGGAUGUUGCAGACCGCUCCACCCCUCCCACACCGCCUGUGUCGAGACCCAGCGCCUCUCCGCUCCAUCUGAGUGAUGAGAGACCGCGCGGUCGCUCUCCUCUGAACACACCCUAGCCUCAGACGGGACACACCUGGGGAGAGGUCGUAUCAAAGCGGGAAUUCAUUCGACAAGACACAGUUCAGCAGAAAACAGUGAUAUCUCUGCUGGCUGCGUGGAAGAAAAUACCGGAAUGACUUGUGCGCGGAGGAAAACAGUGACGGACGACGUAAAUAUUUACAUGCCCUUGUUCACAGCAGUACUGGUCGCCUUCGACUAAACUCACACCGACAUCGCGUGCCUUUCGGAGGCUGCGGAGGAACUGCGAUGUUGACGCGCACCAACAACGAGUGAAAUAAAAAUACGGGCGGGAAACGGAUCGCGAUAGAAUUCUGUUGAAGCGGACUGUGAGAGUUUAUGGAGGUUUGCGGGACUGCUCUUCUUUAAUCUGCGGUCAUGCCGCAGGCAUCAUCAGAUCUGUUCCCUACCUGAGGGAAUCGAGGAUUACUGGUGUUUUGGCAGGAGGUAGUAAUCAUGACCUGAUUGGACUGUAAUACGAGAAGUUUGGAAUGUGACACGCGGUGUUUUAGAUGCUUUGUCUUGAAAAAAAAAUUCCAAAACAAUUUUGCGCGUGCAAACGGAGAAUUCUAAAGAGUUAAACAACUGACGUUACACGAGUCGGUGUUACAGUGUUACGGUUUUGGUGGGAAAUUGGAUGAGAAACGUGCGCAGUGGACUCAACUUUUUAAGUAAUUUUGUGAGAGUAAUCGCUUCGUAUCGCGGACCACAAACGGUCGUUUUGCGCUACUUGUGCGAGACGCUUUAAACAAAGCAAAACUAUUUUUUAGAGAUAUUUGUGAUGUGUAUAUACAUGGUAAUGUCAUAAAUAACGACAGUAUAGUGUUUUAUUGAUGCACCGCCCGAUACAAACAUCCGCGAGCAGCUGUUGCUAUGGUUACCUACGCAGAAGAAUCUCUGUUCGCGUAAAUUUUGUGUUUAGCGAAGCAUUAUACGAACGCCGUUGAAGCGUAUAAAUGCUUGUGUAAAAAAAAAAAAAAUUAUUUAUAAGACCCCCAACUGUAGUUUGGGGUUGAUUCAUGCCUUAAUUGCGGUUUUCAUAUACCCCCAAAAAACCUCUUUAUUUUACACCCUGUGAAUGAGCACUUUGUGAAAAAGAUUUUGCAGAAAUGCCAUUCAGUGCAAGUGUUUGUAAUUUUAUUAUAUAAAUUCACAUCUUAAUGUAAGUAUAUUUUCUCUGUCAGAUGAGAGGCGGCAGGUAUAAAGUAAGCAGAAGGACCUUUAAAACACUGUUCUCCAAUAAACUUUAUAGGAACGCUAACACUUUUUUCUUAUUUUCAUUUGUUUCUUACAAAAUGUACAAUUAAAAGACUUUUAAUAGUUAAAUGUGAAUUCAUUUUGAAAGUAUGCCCAGUCAGGAGGCCCUUUUCCAGGGUGAGACUUUAUAACCAAACAUGGGAGCGAAGCAAACGAAGGCCUCGGGGCAGGAGGCAGGAGCAAGCCCUCAGAGCGCAGGAUGGAAACGGACCCCCACAAAAGAGCGAGGAGACAUACUUACUUCUAUAAUGUUGAGGUCAGGAGACAAACUGAGGAGCAGUGGGACUCCUCCUCCCUACCAGCGUCGCAUCGGGAUGAUACAAGAGAUGAUGCUGAUGGCAAAGCAGGGGAAACACGAUGAGGCGACAGAGGUGCUGAAGACUCUCCGGCAGGAUCUGGGAAUGGAGUCAACCUCUCUGGAUGAUGUUCUCUACCGCUAUGCCAGUUUCCGCAACCUGGUGGAUCCCAUUACCCAUGACCUCAUUAUCAGCCUGGCCAAAUAUAUUCACUGCCCAAAGACGGAAGGAGAUGCUUUGGGCGCCAUGGAGAAGGUGUGCCGUCAGCUGACCUACCACCUGAGCCCACACUCCCAGUGGAGACGGCAGGGGCUGCUGAAGAGGAAGCCACAGGCCUGUCUGAAAUCAGUUCUUUCGAGCCCUCCCUCUGGUGGGACAUUAGACCUCUCCGGCAUCCCUCUUGGAGUGAAAGACAUGGAGCGUCUCUGUGCCUACCUGCAUCACCAUGCGUCCCGCAUUGGCAGCAUAGAACUGGGCUUCACCGAGCUCACAGACGAUGCCUUCCUUCUGCUCCUCCCUACGCUGGCGUCUCUUCCCCGCCUUGAGACUCUGGCCCUCAAUGGCAACAGGCUGACCCGUGCCGUGCUCAAAGAACUCACAGACACACUGAAGGACCCGGACAGCUUCCCCAGCGUCACAUGGAUCGACCUGGGGAACAACGUGGACAUCUUCUCCCUCCCACAACCGUUUCUGGUGAGCCUUCGCAAGCGCUGCCCCAAACAGGGCAACCUUCCCACCAUCCUCGAGUUCGGCGAGAGCCAGGCCAGCGAGCCGGAGGGCCGAGUGGAUGAGGACGACGCAGACGAUACGAACAGGACUGAGAGUAUGGGAGAACUCAGAUCUGAGGUAGAAGAAGAGAUUGACGGCGAGAUGGAGAUCGAGGACAUGAUGGAGGAGUUGCUGGAUUUUGACAGGGAGGUGCAAGGCAAGGAGGACGAGGACGACAGUAUGUGGACCUUGGAGGAGCAGCGGCUGGUAAAAGAUCCAGUCGCAAAGCAGAGCAGAGAGAAAAGAGCGUCCAAAGCAGAGGGCGAGGAGGACUUACAAAGCCAGUCUUCCCAUCUGUCCUGCUCCAGCCAGUCACAGCACUCUUCUGGAGCCAUCGAGCCUUUAAGGGAAGACUCUGUCCCAGACCAGUUAGCAUGUCAUUCGAACAACCCUACCUGAUUGAAGCUAAUGUCUAAUUUCAUAAGAUGCUGGUCCCUUUAAGAAAAAGAGAAAGCAUAACAGGCUUUUAUUUCAGACCGGGUUAUCUAUGAAGUCAUGGGAUUCAGAAGGUUUUAUAGGUUUGGCACUCACAGCAGUUGUCUGAGAAAUUAAUCACUUGUGAGUUUAAAAAAAAUAUCCAAUAUAGCUUCUCGUCCAGGUUUCUCCCUUCACUCUUGUGUAAACGUGUAGAUCCAGUCGCAAAAGCAAUUAGCAGAGGACGAAGAAGAUGUCCAAAGUCAGUCAUCCCAUCUGUCUUGCUCCAGCCAUUCACAGCACCCUUCUGGAGCUAUUGAGCCUUUAAGAGAAGAUCCUGUCCUAGACCAGUUAGCUUCGUCCCUUUAAGUAAAAGAGAAUGGUGGAGCGUGGCAUUCAGCAGGUUUAAUAGGGAUGACAAUCAUGGCUGCUGUCUGUUUUUGCAAAGAAGAUAUGAAUCACUUGUGAGGUACAAAAAUAUCAAACACACCCUACUUAUUCAGGUUUUCCCCAUCACUGUCAUAACCAUGAACCUCCGUGUGCCUAUGUGCCUGUUCAAAACCCUGCUGGAGAAGCAUGUGUGUGUGUGUGUGUGUGUGUAGGUGCACAUUUAGAUCAGUUAGUCACGCUGGAUAUAAUCAGAUCAUGAAUUGGUGUGUCCAUCUAUGCAUCUGACUGUCGUAAGCAUCAUGUUCUCUCCAGCAGUGGAAAACAACCUAAAUUCUAUUCAGUACCGUCCAAUGAAUAUGCAUGUCCCGGGAGUCAGGUGGAUGGGACGCAGAUGAGAUCAUAUUAAGUGCCCCUAAUUUAUACAGUGGAAAACCAAAAUGUCUUGUCACACUGUUGGCCCAAAACAAUAUGUUUGAUACAGAGCAGCAGGACUGAGGCCAAAGAGGAAAGACUCACUCCACGGGAAAAAAAAAGUUUGGUCGUCUGGAUAUAUGAUAUUAUAUAAUACUUUUAUUCUCUUGUUGCUGCUUGACAUGGAUUUUGAAAACAAUGUAAGGUUGCUUAGCUCAGUUCUUUAGAAUAGAUCCUUUAAACACACGAAAAUUAUAUAAAGGUUUCAUUUCUAUUUAUCCACUGUUAUUAAAUGAUAAAGGUAUUUCAUAGUAUAAACAUCUAUAUAGUGCCUAAUUAUAUUACAUUAUUCAAAUGUAAUUCAAACUAGUUCUGAUAUGCCAGUAAAUGAGAGUAUUGUUUCAAUGACAGUGUAUAUUGAUAGACAAAUUUUGUCUUAAUGGAAAACAGUUGUUCUAUUUCAUUAUUUAAAAUGACUUAAUUGAGAAUUAGGAUUUAUUAUAUCCAUUUAUACUGUACUACUUUGUAUAUUAUCACAAUAUGCUUACAUGCAAAAUAUUGUUCAGUGUUUUUUUAAGUAGAAUUGUCUCCCUCCCCAAAUGAUGGUUUAUAAGAUUAAUUAUUAAGCCUAAUUGCUCCUCUGAUAAAGUUAACCAAUAUAUUUAAGAUUAUCAUGUCAUUUUAUGGUCACCAGGUAGCCUCAAAAUCUCCUGCUGUUUUUCAAAGCCAUACUUUUAAGAUCUGCCAUUAAAGAAAGGGAAUUAUAUAUUGAUAAAAGUGCACUGAAGAGCUGUGAUCAAUGAAUUUUGUCUGUAUUUCUGUAUUCCCACAAUGGUUAAUAAAGGAAGGAGAAUGCUAGGGAUGACAAGUAACAGCAAUAUGUGUAUAUGAUUAUUUGUAAACACACUGUAUUUGACUGUUGGCAUCAAAAUCAAUAAACCUUUAAGAAAUAUA